CAACACAACUUGCUCGACUAAUUUCUGUUUGGGUUUGUAGGAGGAGCCGAUCAAAAAAAGGAUGGACUAUCUGAUAAACUAGAGAUUGAAGCUAGUGGCCUUGAUGCUAGAAAAUCAGGGUUCUUCUGUACAUGGAGAUUGCCAGAUUGAACGAACAAAGAGGAUCUGCAGCAUUUAUGUGGAAGACAUCUUAAAAGUAAACAAAAGGGAAGAAAGAGAGCAGCAGCAUAACACCUCAAAGAAGCAAAGUCAGAAGCUAGACAGAUACAGCAACGGUUGUAGUACUCUUUCCAAUCUCGAUUCUAUAAACAUUAUGGAAGGCCAGCAAGCCACGAGUCGUCCUCCAUGGUCCCGGUUUUUUCUAUUUGUUCGCCCAAUAACCCCGGUCCCGGCACCGGCACCAGCCCCAGCUCCUACACCCGCACCAGCUCCAACCACUGCCCCAAGGGCACCAUUUGCUAGACCCAUAAUUACCCCAACAUUUAGGCCUCCAAUUCGACCUCAAGAACCUGCCCCUCGACCACCACCACCACCACCAGUUGCUGCACCUCCUCCAUUUGCCACUGCUCUUCCAACACGAACUACUGUUGCACUACCUGCUGCUGCUGUACCACCUCCUCCAGCCACCGCUUCACCAACAGCAACUGUCAUGGCACCACGACCACCAGCUCCUGCAUCAUCUAUUCCUCCCAUUUCUCCACCACCACUGGCUGUUGUGGCACCACGGUCACCUGCUCCAGUAUCUCCUCGUCCUGGUACUGCUCCACUACCAUCCGCUGCUGUUGCACAACUGCUACCAUCACCUCCUGCCACCACUCCAUCUGUUCCAACAUCGCCGAUAAAGACUAUGGUGGCGCCACCACCUCCUGCCGCCCCUGCAUCUCCAAUCAAGACUAUGACUUCAUUGCCAAUCUCCCCUGUGAAGUCGCAUAUCUCCACGCCAACGCUACCAUCACCACCACCACCCAGUGCUUUAGCUAUUACUCGUGCUGCAACUCCUCCAUCCUCCCUGAAAAGUGUCCAAUCUUUGGUAAAAACACCACCCGAAUCCCCCAGAACAAAGUCUAUUUCCAAUCCUCCAUCUCCUCUAAUCCUACCUUCCGCCCAAAUGAAGCCUGAAACUGAUCGUGAACCAAAGAUAACAAUUGAAGCUGAACUGAAAUCUGUGUUGGUGCAAGAGACCAUUGGUAAACCUAGGGCAAUGCCUAAGAGCACCAUUGGUUACAAUGGGAGGCGAGAAGUAAGAAAGGAUGUUGGAAACAAAGACAAAGGUAGCCCUAAGGCGCUUUCAGAUUCUAAAGAUUAUGGGUUGAGGAUUAUAACAAUUGCAGGUGAAAACAAAGGUGCUAUCAUGGAGUUGAGUCCUUCUCGCAAGACACAUGACUUUGGCCUCAACUCUCGGAGUCUAUCCAAGAAAGGAAAUCCUGGAUCCGGGAGUGACAACGAAAAAGCUGGAAGUGAUUAUGGCAGCGGUAGCAAAGAGGGAAGGUCCAAAAUUAUGGAUGACAGUCAUAAGACAACGGCAGUGAAGUCCCCACUCAUGAGUGCAUUCGUGAACAGUAACGUCCAGGGAGUGAACAACUCUAUUGUUUACAACAGUUCUUACUCUCACCAUGAUCCUGGUGUCCACAUCUUUCUCUCCAGAAAGGCCAUUGCUGAAGGCGAAGGAAUUAUCCCCAAGGAGCGCAUCAAAGAUUGACAAUGUUUAGAGGCAGAAACUGGGGGGGUAAUCAAAUUUUCAUUAUGUACUAAAGAAUGUAAUGGAAUAAAUGAGUGAUGAUGAUUAAAAGGCGCCUUCGGAUACUCCAAAGUUGCAUUCCACUUCCCAUGGAAAGUGACUGGAGAGAAUUCUCGCCUUGUUAAUGUUUAGUAUGAGUUUUGUUGUAGUGUGAGGUAAUGCUCUGAGCAUUGAGCUGACAGCUUUAUUAGUAUUUGCUCCAAACUGAUCCAUCGAUGCCCUACCUGUAAUCCUUGUUAUUUCUUCAGUUUAU